UCAGAUCAAACCACACGUUGACACGGGAAGUGGUGCCUGUUUUUAACAUGCAGUCUGCUUUUAUCAAAAACAAUUUGGCCAGCUCUAGUUAAACAACACAGUGGAGCAAUGCAGCUCAACAGAGCUCUCGUCUUCUUUUGCCUGGUGAUUGCAGUAGGUGCACAGAGGGAACACAGGGUGACCUGUUAUCUGGAUGCUUUAACGCCUCGCACACGUGAGGGCCCGUGCACUCACAUCAUUGUUCCUUCGGCUUGGAUCAACGACAGUUUAAACCUACAAAGUUUGUCGGAGGAUGACUUUGAUGCUCUUGGGAAGAUGAAGGGGAGAAACCCAACUCUGAAGAUUUUACUUGGAUUGGAAGUCGAGGCAUCAAGAUUGGAGUUGAUGUUCACUAGUGAGUCCAGUGUUGGAAACUUCACCCACACUUCACUGAGUUACCUAAAGGAAAAACGUUUUGAUGGCCUGGACUUGACUUGGGUGAACGGCCCUAGUUCAGAAUCGAGCUAUAGCACAGAGCUACUCAGACAUUUUCUGAAGAGUCUAAGAGAAGCGUUUGAGGAGGAGACACGUUCUUCUGAUCGGACUCUGCUACUUUCUUUGUCUCUAUCACACCAGUAUGACCACAGCAGUGCGGUCGGAUAUGAUGUGCGGACACUUUUACAGUAUGUGGACUUCAUCUCCCUUCUGCCUGCUCAUCUGGAAAAAGAUGGACCACACAUUAACAAAACAGUCCAGCACUGGCAGGAUCAGCAGGUUGACCUGCAAAAGCUAAAUCUAGCCUUUCCUGCUUUUCUACGGAGGUCAAGCAGACGACAUCACCAUCAUCAUCAUCAUCCCAGCAAUAAUGACAAAAACACAGAGGAAGGAAAGAAAUAUCACAUCCACGGCGUGGGCUUAAACCUGGCCAAUCGGGUCUGUCUGGCUAUAAAGAGCAGAGAGGAGUUCAUUACCUUAACAAGUCUCUCAGAUGAACCCAGUCUUGUCAAGGAGGUGUCGUGGUUGCUCCAGAAGGGCUUUGGUGGCGUAGGGGUUGUCUUCAUAGAUAUGGAUGGUUUCUUUAACACUGAAUGUGACAGCAUCACUCAGGAUGAAAGGGCGAUUGUUGAGUCUAAGAUGAUUAUGCAUCAUGGGCGUAGAGUUCAUGGGCUUGGUGGGCAUCAUCAUCAUCAUCACAGACGGGAACAUCCCCAUAGUCACAGGGAUCACCAAUCUAAUCUUUCCCAUAGGAGCCAUGAUAUCAGUCACCAUCACAGACAUCGCCAUCAUCAUCGUCAUGGACACCAUGGUCAUCAUCACCAUCACCAUCACCCCCAUCCAACUCCUCAAUACGUAACAUCCACAGAGAGACGGCUGGGUUUAGAGUGACUUCCAAGUUGCACAUGAGUUUCUAAUCAAAAAUGUGGAUGAGAGGCAGAAAAAAUCUUAAAAUGUUUUGGAAUUUGUACAAUUAAGCUUUGCCUAUGAAAAGGAUUAUGAUGUAAAUUAGGGUGAGAGUCACUUUUAAGCCUAAAGUAAAAAAGUACAUUUAACAUUUUUCUUAUGAUUAUGCAUUUUAAGUAAAAUAUGACCUAUGCAUGUUGUUUACAGGUUUAAUCAUUACUUAUUUCUGAGAACUUCACAAUAUAAUUUUCGUUAUUCUAGUCUAUAUUUUUAUCUAUAUAAUGGUUUCUCAGUGCAUUUAUUACAAUUACGAGCAUUAUGAAAUAAAUAUAUGUAG